AUGUCCGAGAGAAAAGAGCCGGAUUCCCCAUCUGUGGAGUCCGUGGACUCAAGCGAGCAAGAUCUCCCAGCGAUCAGAGACCAGGUCCCGUGCAAAGUAUGGCUUGUCCAAGGCCUGUAUUUCUUGGAGAGAGCGGCAUUCUACGGCCUCAGCCAGCCCCUCCAAAAUUACCUCCAGCUUUCACCUGAUGACGCUCUUCGCCCAGGAGCUCUUGGGCUAGGGCAGGCAAGAGCAGUGUUGAUUGUAUAUGUCUGGUGCAUAUACAGCUACACCACACCUCUGGCAGGGGGACUGUUGGCCGACUGUUGGCUCGGCCGGCGCAAAACGAUCCAGGUCGGAUUUUUAAUCUACGUGUUGGGACUCAGUAUUGUCACUGCGACAGCUUUCACGCAGCGAAUUUACGGCACCGGCGGCCUUCCCGGCUUCGUAGUUGGCAUGUUUCUCAUUGGUGCUGGCGCAGGAACUGUGAAACCUAAUAUAACGGUAUUCUUGAUUGACCAGUUCCCUGAAGUGGAACCCAAAGUCAUCGUUUUGAAGAAUGGGAAGUCGGCGAUGGUUAGCCGUGAACUCACAAUUCGGUUUAUAUGGAACGUCAAUUACUGGAUGAUCAAUGUUGGAGGUUUGUGUGGCAUUAUAACAACUAAUGUUGAGAGGCAUGCCUAUGCCGGCUUUGGGUUUGCCUUCCUUAUUUGCCUUUGCUUGAUUGCCGCAUCUGCAGGAAUCUUUCAAGCUGGAUACACGAAGUUCGAAACGGCACCACCGUCUGGAAACGCCAUCGCAAACGUGUUCAGCGCAUUGCGUCGCCGCCGGAACCCGGCCCAUCGCAGACCAGACCAGACAGAAGUUGCAAUACGAUCGUCUGCGGAAGAAGACGGCUCUGCAACUCCAAGUGAAGAUGAGGCCAUAAUAGCUGAUGCAAAGUCCGCCCUCCGGGCUUGUUUAGUCUUCCUUCCUUUCCCAGCGCUGAUGCUCUCCGUCAAUCUCAUGGACAGUACCCUCAUAGCGCAAGCAGGGACCAUGCAGACUCACGGCCUCCCGAACGACAUCAUGUACAAUUUGAAUCCGAUCUCCGUCAUGGUCUUCUUGCCCUUUUUUCAAAGCUGGAUUUAUCCCGCGCUGGCCAGAAACAAAAUCAAUUUCUCGCCCGAGCACCGCAUCGGCGUGGGUCUCUUCUGUGCCACACUUGCAAUUGCAUACACCACAGGGAUUCAACACCUCAUAUACACGACUGGCCCAUGUUUCAGCCAUCCACUGAAGUGCCUUGGCGGGAACAUGCCCAACGAUGUCUCCGUUGGACUUCAGACGCCGACUUAUGUAUUUCUCGGGUGGGCAGAGAUCCUUGCGAUUGUGGCAGGUACCGAACUUGCAUAUUCGCGGGCCCCAGCAAGUAUGAAGUCAAUCGUUCAGGCUCUGUUCUACUUUUUCAGUGCCUUGGGCUCACUGUUCGGUGUCGGUGUGUCGUUUGCCGCCUAUGAUCCCAACAUGGUUAUUGUAUAUGGAUCCAUCACUGGGUUGCUGCUCUUUGUCACUUUUGCAUUUGAAUUUGCUUAUUUAGUCAGAGGCAAGGCCUCCGACUGA